AUGGCAACCACCGUGACCUGCACCCGCUUCACCGACGAGUACCAGCUGUACGAGGAAAUUGGCAAGGGGGCUUUCUCGGUCGUGCGACGCUGUGUCAAACUCUGCACCGGCCAUGAGUACGCAGCCAAGAUUAUCAACACCAAGAAGCUCUCCGCAAGAGAUCAUCAGAAGUUGGAGCGCGAAGCCCGGAUUUGCCGUCUCCUGAAGCAUUCCAACAUCGUUCGUCUCCAUGACAGCAUAUCGGAGGAGGGCUUCCACUAUCUCAUCUUUGAUCUGGUCACUGGUGGGGAGCUCUUUGAAGACAUCGUGGCCCGGGAAUAUUACAGCGAAGCCGAUGCCAGUCAUUGCAUCCAGCAGAUCCUGGAGGCUGUUCUCCAUUGCCACCAAAUGGGGGUCGUCCACAGAGACCUCAAGCCGGAGAACCUGCUCCUGGCCAGCAAGUGCAAAGGCGCGGCGGUGAAGCUGGCGGAUUUUGGCCUGGCCAUCGAGGUGCAGGGGGAUCAGCAGGCUUGGUUUGGCUUCGCCGGCACCCCCGGUUACCUCUCGCCCGAAGUGCUGCGCAAAGAAGCGUACGGCAAACCCGUGGAUAUCUGGGCAUGUGGUGUGAUCCUUUACAUCCUGCUAGUCGGUUACCCUCCCUUCUGGGACGAGGACCAGCACAAACUGUACCAACAGAUCAAGGCUGGUGCCUACGACUUCCCUUCUCCCGAGUGGGACACGGUCACCCCCGAAGCCAAAAACCUCAUCAACCAGAUGUUAACCAUCAACCCGGCCAAAAGAAUCACAGCCCACGAAGCCCUGAAACACCCAUGGGUCUGCCAACGUUCCACCGUGGCCUCCAUGAUGCACAGGCAGGAGACCGUAGAGUGUCUGAAAAAGUUCAACGCCAGGAGGAAGCUCAAGGGGGCGAUUCUCACCACCAUGCUGGCCACGAGGAACUUUUCAGUCGGCAGACAGACCACCGCUCCCGCCACAAUGUCUGCAGCCGCCUCCGGUGCCACCAUGGGGUUGGUGGAACAAGCUAAGAGCUUACUGAACAAGAAGGUCGAUGUUGGCAAGCCGCAGACGAACAGCAGCAAAGGCAGCGCCGGGGUCACCAGCCCGAAAGGAACCCUCCCUCCGGCUGCACUGGAGCCUCAAACCACCGUUAUCCAUAACCCCGCGGACGGCAUUAAGGAAUCGUCCGACAGCACCAACACCACCAUAGAGGACGAGGACACGAAAGCCCGCAAGCAGGAAAUCAUCAAGAUCACCGAGCAGCUGAUUGAGGCCGUGAACAACGGGGACUUCGAGGCCUACGCGAAGAUCUGCGACCCAGGCCUGACGUCAUUCGAACCCGAAGCCCUGGGCAACCUGGUCGAGGGGAUGGACUUCCACAGAUUCUAUUUCGAAAACUUGUUAUCCAAAAACAACAAGCCCAUCCACACGACCAUCCUGAACCCCCAUGUGCACGUGAUCGGGGAGGACGCCGCCUGCAUCGCCUACAUCCGCCUGACGCAGUACAUCGACGGGCAGGGCCGUCCCCGCACCAGCCAGUCCGAGGAGACCCGCGUCUGGCACCGCCGCGACGGCAAGUGGCAGAACGUCCACUUCCACUGCUCGGGGGCGCCCGUGGCACCGCUGCAGUGA